CGACGAAUGCCAGAGUUGUGAAUGCGCAUGCUGGCGUGUUUUGUUCAACAGCUGACUUUCAUUGAAAAUUCUUGCCGAGUAUUGUGUUGAAUGUUGUGUUGUGGCGUAGUUAAUUGUUUAUUGCGUGUAUUAUCUUCAUGUUAUGAUUUUCGGACGAAUAGUUCAGUAUCUACUUACGCCGAAAUUGUUUAGGAGAGUGACUGUCAAGGAUUCCAAUGCAGUAAAUAGUGCUCCCAUUUCAGCCUUUGGAGAAAGUAGACAGAUACUGCCCAAUAGCAGGUACAUUGUAUGUGUUUUGGCUAAUAAUAGUUUCAGUAUCAUAUCAAAAUCUCAACUGUAAUAUUAUAUUUUGUUGGUGAACUGAACUCAUUUCUACUGUUUUAUGAGAUGUGUUUGAAACUAUAUUUGACAGAGCAGUUUCAUUGAAUGUUACUGCCCUCAAUGAUACUACGAGGCAACCGCAACUUCAGUGAUGUUGACAAUGAUUCGUUGUAGAGUAAUAUUCAAACUUGUGGAGAACUUGCUACCUGACAGAAAGGUUAAACUAUUUUCUCUUGCGCGAACAAUGGCUUCCAGUUCAAACGGAAUAAAGACUAGAACAGAGAACCGUCUAGCACUUGAAAAGUCUCCGUAUUUGUUGCAGCAUGCCUACAACCCAGUUGACUGGUAUCCUUGGGGAGAUGAAGCUUUUGAGAAGGCACGCAAGGAAGACAAACUUAUAUUUCUUUCAGUGGGUUACUCAACUUGUCAUUGGUGUCACGUAAUGGAACGCGAAACGUUUGAGAAUGCCGACAUCGCGAAAAUUAUGAACGAACAUUUUGUGAAUAUUAAAGUUGACAGAGAAGAACGGCCGGAUGUAGACCACAUGUAUAUGGCUUAUGUGCAGGUAAGAAAGUUUCUAUAA